AUGCUUAAAUUAGCAAAAGGUUUACGGCGUUUAAGUGGAACGUGCCGGCAAUACAGUUACGCCACAGUGAUUGGAAGUGAACCGAACAGAAAUGAUCCCUACUAUCAAGAAAAUAAGACCAAAAUGGACGAGCUCGUUGAGGAGCUACAGCUGAAAACAAAUGAGGCUAUCAAAGGCGGUCCCGAGGAGGCGGUAAAGAGGCACACGGCGAGAGGAAAAUUGCUAGUGAGAGACAGGAUAAACCGGUUAGUGGACGAGGGAAGCGACGUUUUAGAAUUGAGUACGUUGGCCGCCACCGACAUGUACAAAGGUCAAGUUCCGAGCGCGGGCAUCGUUACUGCUAUCGGUAAAGUUCAAGGUCGGGACUGCAUGAUUGUUGGGAACGACGCUACUGUUAAAGGAGGAACCUAUUUUCCUAUCACAGUUAAGAAACACUUAAGAGCUCAGGCAAUUGCCCAAGAGUGCCGGCUUCCUUGCAUUUACCUCGUUGACUCGGGUGGAGCUCAUUUGCCAGACCAAGCGGACGUGUUUCCGGAUAGAGAACACUUCGGUAGGAUAUUUUAUAACCAAGCGAAUAUGUCUGCAGAAGAUAUUCCACAAAUAUCCGUUGUCAUGGGAUCGUGUACGGCGGGCGGUGCGUACAUACCAAGUAUGUCUGAUGAAAGUAUUAUAAUAAAGAACCAAGGUACAAUUUUUUUGGCUGGUCCCCCGCUUGUGAAAGCAGCUACAGGUGAAUCAGUAUCUGCGGAAGAUUUAGGAGGUGCUGACUUGCAUUGUCGACAGUCUGGAGUUACUGAUCAUUAUGCUCAAGACGAUGAGCAUGCCCUACACUUAGCGAGAAAUGUCGUUGCAAACUUGUACUGGAAUAAUGAUCAAAGAGUUAGAGUUUAUGCCCCAAAAGUUGAUGAUCCUGUAUAUAAUAUUGAAGAUUUGCAUGGAAUUGUUGGAGCGAAUAUUCAAAGACCUUUUGAUAUCAGAGAAGUGAUCGCUAGAGUAGUCGAUGGUAGUAGGUUCCAUGAAUUUAAACAACUGUAUGGUGAGACAUUAGUUUGUGGGUUUGCAUCUGUGUAUGGUCAUCCAGUGGGUGUAAUCGGCAAUAAUGGUGUUCUACAAUCGGAAGCUGCCUUAAAAGGCUCACAUUUCAUUCAACUGUGUGCUGCUCGUAAAAUACCUUUAUUAUUCCUACAGAAUAUUACUGGUUUUAUGGUCGGAAGGGAGGCUGAAGCUGGUGGGAUUGCAAAGAACGGCGCAAAAAUGGUGACAGCCGUAAGUUGUUUUAAAGGGCCUAAGAUUACUGUCAUUGUAGGUGGCAGUUUUGGAGCUGGUAACUACGGCAUGUGUGGGCGUGCUUAUUCUCCUAGUUUCCUUUAUAUGUGGCCAAAUGCAAGAAUUUCUGUGAUGGGUGGACCUCAAGCUGCUACAGUACUCUCAUUGGUUGCUAAAGAGAAAGCUAAUAGGGCGGGCAAACCUUGGACAGAAGAAGACGAAAAGAAAGUGAGGGCACCCCUAGAAGCUCAAUUUGAAAAAGAGGGACGACCGUAUUACAGUACUGCUCGCCUAUGGGAUGAUGGCAUAGUUGCACCAAGAGAUACGAGAAAGAUAAUAGGACUCAGUUUAUCAGCAGCAUUAAACGCUCCAUUUAGACAAAGUAAAUUUGGUGUUUUCAGAAUGUGAGAUAAUUUCAAAGACUUUAUGAGUGUGAGUGUGUGAUAACGAGUGCUAUUAACGAUAACAUAGUUACGAAGUACUAUUUAUGUUAGAUAUUAUUAUUAAACUUGAUUUAUUUUACGAUUACGUUUAUCAGUACUGAUCAAUUUUGUUACGAAAUCUCUAUUUUCUUUUACGUCGAAAUAUUUAUUUAACAUCAUGCUAUAUGCAUUAUAAAAAUAUUUUGAAGUUGUAUGACUAUGUGUAAGUUAUUGCUUGAGCAACGUAAUUUAUUUCUAUCUCUGUACGCCGUAUUAUAAAGAAACCAUUAUAGAAA